ACCCUUUAUAUAUUCCUUUUAUUUAAUUUGCGGAAGAGAGACUUAAAAGUGCGGCAAAGUGGCCAUUACAGAGGAAAUGGCAAGCCUCCGUUAAUAGCAGAGGAAUUGACGACAAGGGAAAACUCCCCCAUUCACACGCUGAAAACCCAUUACAAGGAAGAGAAAGGGGUGCAAAAAUGGUGGACGAACCUACGACUAGACAUAGGCGAGUUGGGUUACUGUACGAUAAUCGAAUGUGUAAGCAUGCACCUCCUCCUAACCACGCAGACCAUCCGGAAAAUCCUAAUCGCAUCAAAACCAUUUGGACCAAACUUCAAACCGCCGGUAUACCACAAAGGUGUGUUCUUUUGGCUGCAAAAGAGGUAGAAGAUAGCCAUGUUUUGUUAGUUCAUUCCCAAAAUCAUUUGAAAAUGAUUAAGAACAUAAGUUUGAAACAAUUUAGCUCUUCAAGAGCAAAAACUUCAUCAAGAUAUGACUCCAUUUAUUUCAAUAAAGGAUCUUCUGAAGCUGCUUCUAUUGCGGCAGGCUCUGUCAUAGAGGUUACUGAACGAGUUGCCAAAGGAGAAUUGAAUUCUGGUGUUGCUAUUGUUAGGCCUCCAGGACAUCAUGCUGAACAUGAUGAACCAAUGGGAUUUUGCCUUUACAAUAAUGUAGCUAUUGCAGCAAAAUUCAUAUUGAAUGAAAAACCAGAACUGGGUAUUAAAAGAAUUUUGAUUGUUGAUUGGGAUGUCCAUCAUGGUAACGGCACUCAAAAGAUGUUCUGGGAGGAUCCACGUGUAUUAUUUUUCUCUGUUCAUAGGCAUGAGUUUGGAAGCUUUUUUCCAUUCAAUGAUGAUGCUUUUUAUAAGAUGGUUGGCAAUGGACCGGGUGCUGGAUAUAAUAUAAAUGUCCCAUGGGAGAAUGAUCAAUGUGGGGAUGCUGAUUACAUUGCGGUUUGGGAUCAUAUUUUGAUUCCUGUUGCUAAGGAAUUUAACCCAGACAUGAUUAUAGUGUCUGCUGGGUUUGAUGCAGCUGUCAAUGAUCCCCUGGGAGAAUGCCUUGUCACGCCAUCUGGAUACUCGAUCAUGUUGAAGAAGUUGAUGGAUUUCGCUCAUGGGAAAGUUGUAUUGGCUUUAGAAGGAGGUUACAAUCUUGAGUCUACAUCAAAUUCAGUGCUUGCUUGUGUUGAAGUUCUGCUAGAAGAUAAACCCAUUUGUGGUUCUUUAGAUUUAUACCCAUUAGAGUCUACAUGGCGUGUAAUAAAAGAGGUUCGCAAUGAAUUAUGUAUGUUUUGGCCAACACUUGCAGAGGAGCUACCAAAGACAUUAUUAACCAAUCAAAAAACACUUUCGGUAGCUUCUUUUUUCCUAUUUCUCUUUGAUUCAAAUAUAUAUAUGCUAGUUGAACUCUUGAGUAGGAUAAACCUGCAAAACUUGCUUCCUUGUUAGCAUGCCU